ACCAGCUAAAUGCUAAACAAAAAGGGAAAAAAUAGGUACACCACGCCGCACUGAUUCACUGUGAUAGAAGUGGGCAAAGCUGUAAUCACUGUUUCUAAAUGAAUUUGUGAAGCAAAAGUGCAUUUAUUUGUGCAAAAUCAGCUGCGGCGCGUGUCCUGUAUCGAGGCGCUUCAACUAAAGGCAGACAGGGGGAGAAAGAGAGAGAAACAGAGCGCAAAUAUGAGGACGUUCGAUUUUUGCUUCACACUGCUCGUCGGCGCCGCCGUUCUGCUGCUCGUUGCUGACGAUGCACUUGCCGGACGGGACUUUUACAAAAUACUGGGCCUGCGGAAAACGGCCAGCAAGAACGAUGUGAAAAAAGCGUACAGAAAGCUAGCGAAGGAGCUCCAUCCCGACAAAAACAAAGACGAUCCGGAUGCGUCGCAAAAGUUCCAAGAUCUCGGUGCCGCGUACGAGGUCCUGUCCGACGACGACAAGCGCAAGCUGUACGAUCGGUGCGGCGAGGAGUGCGUGAAGAAGGAGGAUCCGUUCGCGCAGUUUUUCGGCGACUUUGGGUUCGGGUUCGGCGGGCAGGAGCAGCGGGAAACGCCACGCGGCGCCAACAUCGUGAUGGACCUGCACGUCACGCUCGAGGAGCUGUACAGCGGGAACUUUGUGGAGAUAACGCGCAACAAGCCGGUGAUGAAGCCGGCGUCCGGCACGCGCAAGUGCAACUGCCGGCAGGAGAUGGUGACGCGCAAUCUGGGCCCGGGCCGGUUCCAGAUGAUGCAGCAGACGGUGUGCGACGAGUGCCCGAACGUGAAGCUCGUGAACGAGGAGCGCACGAUCGAGAUCGAGAUCGAGCCGGGCAUGGAGAAUGGGCAGGAGACGCGAUUCUCGGGCGAAGGUGAACCCCACAUGGAUGGGGAGCCGGGCGAUUUGAUACUGAAGAUUAAGACCGUCCCGCACACCCGGUUCGAGCGGAGGGGCGAUGAUCUGUACACGAACAUUACGAUCAGCCUGCAGGAUGCGCUCGUGGGCUUUACGCUCGACAUUGUGCACCUGGACGGACACAAGGUGACGGUGACGAGGGAGAAGGUGACGUGGCCGGGCGCUAGAAUACGCAAGAACGGGGAGGGUAUGCCGAACUACGAGAACAACAACCUGCACGGCACGCUGUACAUUACGUUCGACGUGGAGUUCCCCAAGUCGCAGCUAACCGAUACGGAGAAAGAAGACAUCAAGAACCUCCUGAACCAACCCUCCAACAACCGGGUAUACAACGGGCUAAGAUACUCAUAAGAAAGGAAACACGUCAAACCCCGAUCGGAACAAUUGAUGUGUUCACAAUUAGGAAACGGUUGUGGUGAAGGGGGGUUUUAUUCUGUAAACCCACCCUCCCAAAAAACCCAAUACACGCAAAUAGGCUGAUAACAAAUUUAGUGUUUGCUACAAUUAGAACAAAACGCCCUCACGGGGGGGGGCGUGAUGAUCACAAGGGCGUAUCUCUGCAUUACGUUUGCUUUUGAAGCAGUCGUAAGCCCCGCGACUGUGCAUUAUGCUACUCUCCGAUGUUCAGUGAAGUGAACAAUUAGAAUUUUCAACCUCUCCCCUUUUUUCAUUCUCCCCGUCCUUUCCUCCCCCUCCUCUCUGUGACUCUUUCGGAGAUCGCUGGACCGUUUUUGUGUCCCACCUCUCUACUAGAUGGUAUAUUUAUUUUGUUUUCUCACUGGUUUCCAUUUAUUCCCUUUUUCUUCUUCUUCCACCCAAUGCAACAAUGAACGAACGAACUGUUUUGCUCUCCAUUCUGUGUUCUUGUAAGACGAAUUUGUACAUAUGAGUUGUGUCAAUAAAACAAUAUCGACCAAAAAAAUUAUGUAUUUGAAAAAACCUCCAAA